UGUAACGCGGGAAAAGCCGAAGCGGGGACCGCGGCGGCAGGUUGUUAUUCUCGGGGACUCGGCGCCUCGCGUCCCGUUUUCCUGUCAGCAACGCAGCUGCAGCUUGAUCGUCCGGAGCCGCCUGCCAUGAGCCGGCGGCUGUGAGGCGCUGAGACGUAGCAGCGCGGGCGAGCAAGGCAAGCGCGGGCCGCCGAGAGCGCGAGGGCUGCAGACGAGCCAGCAUGAUCCGCGGCGCCCCGGCACCCAUGGCGGAGCCGCCGCCGGUCAUCUUCUGCCACGACUCCCCAAAGCGCGUACUGGUAUCGGUCAUCAGGACCACGCCGGCAACGCCUCCGUGCAGCAGCGUGGGGGAGCCCGAGCCGCCGCCGCCGCUCGUCCCCACUAGCCCCGGCUUCAGCGACUUCAUGGUGUACCCGUGGCGCUGGGGUGAGAACGCGCAUAACGUGACGCUCAGCCCGGGGGCGGCGGGCGGCGUCGUUUCGGCCGGACUGCCCGUGGCGGCUGAACUCCCGACGCUGCGGGGUGCGCCCCCGUCCUCCGCCUCGGUGGCCGCCGCGUCGGGCGGGGAGGACGAGGAGGAGGCGAGCAGCCCAGACAGCGGCCACCUCAAGGAUGGAAUCCGACGUGGAAGGCCCAGAGCAGACACUGUUCGGGAUUUAAUAAAUGAAGGAGAACAUUCAUCUAGCAGGAUUCGCUGUAACAUCUGUAACAGGGUAUUUCCGAGGGAGAAGUCACUCCAGGCUCACAAAAGGACUCAUACAGGUGAGAGACCUUACCUGUGUGACUAUCCAGACUGUGGAAAAGCCUUUGUUCAAAGUGGACAGCUCAAAACCCACCAACGUCUUCACACCGGAGAGAAGCCUUUUGUCUGUUCAGAAAACGGGUGCCUAAGCAGAUUCACCCAUGCAAACCGCCAUUGUCCAAAGCACCCUUAUGCCCGGCUGAAGAGAGAAGAGCCAACGGACACACUCAGCAAACACCAGUCUACGGACAACAAGGCUGCUGCUGAGUGGCUGGCAAAGUACUGGGAGAUGAGAGAGCAACGCACCCCCACCCUAAAAGGCAAGCUAGUUCAGAAGGCUGAUCAGGAGCAGCAAGACCCUCUGGAGUACCUCCAGUCUGAUGAGGAAGACGAUGAAAAGAGUGGCGCCCAGCGCCGGCUGCAGGAGCAACGGGAAAGGCUGCAUGGGGCCCUGGCACUCAUUGAGCUGGCCAAUCUGACAGGGGCACCACUCCGCCAGUAGCCCCCACACUGACUAUUCACUGUACAAAAGUACUGCCCAGCAUACUUACAAAGUAGAUCCUUGGGCAUAAGCUAAGCACCUUAUUUGCUUAUCAUAGGCUGCUAUUCUGUAGAAACUUAUGAAGAAUGUUGUUGCCUCAGAUGGGGUGAGAGAGAAUUGCACUUUUUUUUUAUACAGAAAUAGAUUUGAUGUAAAGUUUAAAAUAUUUUGUAAAUAUGGACUGCAGUUACAGGGUAGAAGCUACAAGUUGUGGGAAGCUAGGUUUUGCAAGUUUAAUGCAUUCAUUGGAAGCAGUUCUCACAGGAAGCACUUUGUGAAUAAGACAUUUGUGUGAAAAAACAGAUUGGUACAAAUAGCCAAAGAAGGUUGAAAUAGAUUAUUUAUAAGAUCAUUUUUAACAGUGUAUGUUAGUAUGUGUGACAGUACUGUAAACACUGAAGCAGAGCAGUGUGAGACAUAUGUAUAAAAUACAUAUUUUUAAAUUGCAAAAUAGCAUGGCCAAUAAGUCCAGAGAAAUGGGAGGCCAACUAUUUGGAAAGAUGAUAUGAUAUAAGUUAUGGACUUGGAAGAAAAAAGGUAUUUGAGGCUCUUGGUAAGAUGGGUACUAGUUUUUAAAAUUGGUAUAAAAUGGUAUAAGAUUAUCCCAUCUUCCUGGGCAUUUUAACUCACUGUAAUGCUGAUGCUUAAAAAGCGCUCGUCACUCGGCUUGUUGACUGGGGACUUUUGCACAUUGCUCAGCUGCUGGACCUGAGUGAUUAAUCUUGCAAAGUCUAUGUAACCUGGCAACUGGUGCAUGUAUAUGUACACCAGUGAGAUCUAUUAUGGGCCCUGUAAUGAGAUUGGCACUUGUGUUUGUAUUAAUAAAAGGGACAUCUGCAGGGUUGUUUUGUAGUGAAAUGUUUUAGGUCUUUUGAUAGUAAACACUAAAUUUUAAUUGUUCUGCUUGUUUAGCGUUAUUAGUGGAUGGAAGCCUCCAUAUUUAUAUUUUCAGUGCAUAUUGCCACCUUUCUGCUUCACUUCAGAAUAACAUGCCAAGCUAUUUUGUGUUCACUAAAUUUAGCUAUCAGUUAAACACUUGAGUAAAUAUUGGCUACUCAAAUAUGCAGGCUUCUGAGAUAGUUUUAGCUGCAAGUGUCUUGUCUGGUGGUUCAAAACCAUUUUCUCCAAAUAGAUGAAGUUAUUGAGCAUGUUGUGUACUAAGGCAUGAAUAGAAUUCUAGGGGCCGAGCAGCCACCUCUUUUAUGGAGUCAAGAAUCUAUCACUUGAGCUUUUGUUAAAAGGUGAAUGAAAUUAUAUGCAGAGCAUAGUGACUCAUAGACUCCUUAAUUGGAGACUUCAAAGUAAUGGGAGGAAAGAUGGGCUCCUCCGUCCCUUUUUUUU